AUGUACGAGGGGCUAUCCCUCUGGCUUGUGAUGGCUACCACACUUCCUAUCAUAAUCAAUUUUGGUACAAUGUUUGUACUCGCCUUUACCAUUUAUCAGGUGAAGCAAGUAAAGCCGUUGUGUGACAACCUCACAUCCAGCACCCAUUGGCUGUCCAGAACGGCAGUGAGGGUUGGAAUCGGGCCAACAGCAAAGAAAGCACUGGUCGACUAUGCAAAAGGAAAACCAGAAUUCUCAAAACUAAUGGCUUUUCCUACAUGA